ACUGUAUAUAGAGAAUAGGAUGCCAUUUGGAACACAAACGUUGAGUUAUAAGGGAACUGAAAGUGUAGGCUACAGUUCUUCCAGGGCAUGUCUUGGCAUGGUGAGCUAAGGCACAGUAAUUACUUAUCAAGAAGGAGAUCAUUUGAGGAACCAGUGUUGAGUUUGUAUGUGUGAGUGUUUUUUAAAGUUCAAAUAUGCUAUAUAUGUAUAUUGGGAAAAGGCAAUACAUCCCAGUUGUUUAAGUAUUUAGAAAAGUAUGUUCAUGUAAAUCUAGACGAUUCCAGUAACACUUGCUGUUCGCUUUUGGAGAGAGCAUUUUUAUGGAAGUAGAAAGGCUAUAAGUAUCAGCACCAUUCUGGAAAAGAGGAUGUCGUUGCAUGAUGAUAAUGAUCAUUAUGUAUUAAUACAAUAGCCUUGUGGAGUUAUUGGACAACACAAUAUUGCAAUAUCUUGUUUGUUUACGAGACAGAAAACACAUUCCUUUGUCUGCUACACCCCUACCCAUUAAAGAGAUUUCCUUAGAAAUAUGCUACUAUGGGGAGGAGGUCAGGGGGCGGGGCAUAUGUAGAUAAUGUAUCCUUAUCCCCGCCUUUUAUCCAAACGGGUCCAUAGAAGGAAACUUUGUCGAGUGACGGGGCGCGCUUCUGAGUUACCAACCCUGGCUGUGCCAAACAGUAUUAUUCAAUGGUCAAGACAGCGUUUGGAGUAUCGGUAAGGAACUGAAGCCGUGGAAGACUUCAUAGCAGUUUAUUCGAACAGAGAAUUAACUUAUUUAAUAUAUGCGCAAUGACCCAGUGGUAGAUGUGGAUAUCCUGAAGCCUUUAAUUCCGACGGCGCAGACCGUGCGCGUGUAGCCUACAGGACAGGAAUCGUUUUUGGAGAGUUUACCUCGAAAGGGAGAUUCUCUUCGAAACGCCCUCAGUCCGAGGGAGGGGGAUAGAGAAGUAACAUUCUGGUGACAGAGGCCUAUACACGGCGAUCGAGGUUGAGGAUUGAGGUGGAUCAGGGCCAGCGCCAGGCGGCUUGUUUGUGAUUAACUGCUGCUGGGGACUGGGGUAUGGAGAUGUUGCGUCGCUCCUCAGUAUUCGCGGCUGAAGUGAUGGAAGUAUUUGACCGAUCCCCCACAGACAAGGAGCUGGUGUCACAGGCGAAGGCGCUAUGCAGGGACUACAUCCAUUCCAGGCUGAACCGAACCGGGAUAGGGUGGUCCAAACCCGAGCAUCAGCUGUCGGCAUCAGGUGGGAUGCUUGGAGAGGUAUCCUCUGUCCUCAUGUGGUUAGGUGACGAGUUGGAGUACCUGCGACCCAACAUCUACCGUAAUGUAGCUCGUCAGCUGAACAUCACCGUUGCGUCUGAGAGCGUGGUGUCCGAUGCCUUCCUGGCUGUGGCUGCAGAGAUCUUCUCCACCGGUAUAACGUGGGGGAAGGUGGUGUCCCUGUACGCAGUGGCGGGUGCCCUUGCGGUGGACUGUGUGCGCCAUGGUCACCCAGCCAUGGUCCACACCAUCGUAGACUGCAUGGGGGAGUUUGUCCGCAAGAGCCUGGUCUCCUGGUUGAAAAGGAGAGGAGGAUGGGCUGAUAUCACGAAGUGCGUGGUGAACACAGACCCCAGUUUCCGCUCCCAUUGGUUGAUGUCUGCUGCCUGUGCCUGUGGACAUUACCUGAAGGCCAUGGUGUUCUACCUGCUCCGGGAUAAGUGACCACGGAGGAGGAGGGUCACGGACACGCAACGGGCAGCCAGCCAGCCCCAUCUACCAGUGGAGUACAGGACAAGCUAACCUGGUCCCAGAUCUGGUCGUGCUCUUGGACAACUCCAUUGCUGUCAUUGUCAAGCCAAACAUGUUUGUCAUGACAACGAGUGACAAGGAGUUGCACAAACAGACUCGUACUCUGGGCCAGUCUCUCUCUCGCCCUCUCUCUCUCUGAGCUGCAGCCAUCACUGCUCUAGUGUCUAGAUAUGUUGUUGUUGUUGUUGUUGUUGUUUACACCUGCAGAAGUUUGCACUGAAGCUCCGCCACUGCCGCUGAUGAGCACCUUGGGCCUUCACAAACAAACGCACCGGCCUGGAGCGUCGAUGUGAAUUAGCCUGUAAGCCUCGUCUGCUUUGAACAAACUUUAGGGUAUUUAUUAUCUAGCUUGACAGUAAUAUUGUGACGUACAGUACAUAUCCUCCAGCUGGAUUGUGAGGUAGUGGUCUAGUCAUAUAUAGAUCCAUAGAAGUAUAGAAUAGAAUGCCACCCGUCAACCAUUGACUUGAAUGCGAAUGUCCAUUCUACUCAUUAUUUUUCUGUGUUUUGGAUCUGUUUUUCUUCAGGUACCUCAGAGAGAGACACAUUCCUUGCUUGCUUUAUGCUUGAAUUACUCCUGGGCAAAUAUCCCAUUCAAAGCAAUGGAAGAUUUGUAUACGUUUCAGUUUCAGUUCAGCACGUAAUGUAUGUCAAGCAAAGGGGAUAUGGCCCAGACAGUGUGCCUAUAAAUAAACCCGUAUUUUCAUCCAGGGGUCAUACUCUCCCUGAUGGCUGUAAAUAAGAAUGAGGCGAACACCUGAGAUGACGCUGUGAGAUGACUAUUGAAAAGGAAAAUGGACUUCACUAAGUGAAAUAAUUCGGAAUUCCUCUGUUUGGAUAGAUAUAUAGUUUAGAUUAUAUGGUUUGCAUGCUCCGAUGCUCCAUGUAUGUGAUGAGUGUGUGACUUAAACACAAAAUCUGGGUGAAUAAAUAUGGAGGGGGGGGACUGUUUUUGUAGAAUAUUGUGCAAUUAUGGAUCACUAUUACCUGAAACUUAAAUCCCAUUCAGACAUUUUGUCUGUUUUUAUUCUAUAAAUUAUUUGUAUUCUGUGAAUAACUACACAGUAGUUUACACAUGCACUACAUUUGGCAUGCAGCACUGUGUCUUCAGAAAUAAAAUGUUUAAAAAUUUCAA